AUGCAAGCCAACGCCCGUAAAAAGCGAACUUCAAAUGCGUGCAUUGCAUGCCGGCACAGCAAAAUCAAAUGCUCUGGCGAUGAGCCCUGCGCCAACUGCCAGCGUCGCGGGAUCCAAUGCGAGUUCACAGAUGGUAUCAAUCGGGUUCUCGUAUCAGAGACUUACCUACGACAGCUUGAAGCACGGGCUGGAGACCGGCAGGGGUAUGGCGCCACACAAUCCUCCCCAUCGAUAUCCCUGAAGUCCGGCGCUGGAGACAGAGUCGGGGUUGCUGCUGGACGGUCUGGUGAAUUGACACCCUUCCCCAAUGUAUCAGGGGCAGGGCCCUCGCCAGCGCCGACACCGUCCGAUGCGCCCAGCAUUUGGACGAGCCCAUUCAGUCUGCCCUCGACGACUAUUAAGAACACAAAGGGCAAUAAACGCAGCUGGAUUUGGCUGGCCCCAUCCUCCAUGUGGUCGUUCACUACCCGGUUGACCAUCCUCAUGACGGAGAAACUAUACUCUAGAUACCCAGACAGUGCACCCACUCUGGUCGAGAAAGAACUAUAUCCCCUACGAUGGGAUCGGUGCUCAUCCAAAGACGCUCCCGACAUCAGUGGCCUGCCAUCGCUCGACCACGCCCUGUAUCUGUUCGCCACUGUCAAGUUCCACUUAGGUCAGAACUACCGAUUCUUCGACGAAGACCAAUUUGUCCAGAAUGUACGAGAGUUCUACCAGGGCGAUCCGGUUAGAAUGGCCAGCGAUCACCAGCUUUGGUAUAUACAGUACCUCCUCGUUCUCACCUUUGGAACAGCCUUUUUGUGUCGAACGAAAAGCGACAAACCGCCCGGCGCGGAAUUCUUCGUGCACGCAAUGUCGCUGAUGCCCGGACCAUGCGUCCUUGUGGAAGGACAGCUUACUGGCAAUUGA